UAUAAACCGGACGCCCGAACUAGAACCGCGGAAACAGAAUCAUAUGGACACCUUCAAAUUCGCCGCCGCCGCCGUGAUAUAAUUCACUGCCUCGUUUUUGUCCGGCAAUCUUCCCCGACUGAUUUUACGAAGAAACCAGGGCAGAGGAUGGACUCUUCUGAUGAAAUCGACAUAUCUGAUGAUAUUUUCGGUUUGGAUAUUAGCGGCUUGACUCAUCAUGAUUUUAAUCCAAUGCCUGACACUCUACAUAUCCUGGGGGAUGAAAAAGCUUGUGAAGUUGAUAGUGAGAUUAUUCGAAACGAGUUGAUUAAGACGCACGCGCUUCCUUUCCUUCCAGCCAAAGCACUUUUGAGGUUCAAAUCCGUGUCAAGCGAGUGGGACAAGCGGAUCUCCAGUCCCCUACUGGCCCACCACCAGAGCUUCUCCUUCCGCAAACUCUCCGGCUUCUUCUACCAAACCUUCAACGGCCUCCGAUUCUUCUCCCUCGACGCCUCCGCCUACGGCGUCCCCCGCCCCCUCCUCGAUUUCCUCCCCGCCGAAAAGCAUCUGAUGUGCUCCACCAACGGCUUACUCCUCUUCCGAUGCUCCGACUCCUACUAUGUCUGCAAUCCGGCGACCGGGGACCGGAAUAUGCUUCCCAACCCGCUGUACUACCACGGCACGAAUCCGUCGGCCGUCCUCGCCUAUGAACCUUCAUUGAACAACAUCGAGGCGUAUUAUCAGGUGAUCUGUGCUUUUACGGCGUUUGACUCCCCGGUCGUAUUUUUCGAGAUCUACUCCUCGGAGACGAGAUCCUGGAGGAUUUCUUCCGCGAUUUGCCCGGAAUUGGAAGACUUGGACCAUUACGGCGACGGUUUCUAUCUGAACGGCUGUGCUUAUUGGGAGAUCUCGUCACCGUCUCCCUCGCCGUCGGCUCAAUUGCUGGCUUUCGAUGUACAGAGUGGGGAAUGCGGGGUUCUAUCCGUACCCUCCGACGGUGGGGUUUUCACCGUUGUUGGGGAUGAGAUCUGCUACGUGACGUCGCGGAAGCAUCUGGAUGAAGUUUUCGCGUUUGACAUCUAUGGCGGGCUGGAGAUGGGCCUGAAACGAAGCGUAUAUCUGAACCUCUCGGGAUUCACAGAGAGUAAGGUGGUGCCGGCGGCCGGCGAGGAUGCGGGAGAUUGCUUGCUGAUUCUGUGUGUGGCGGAGGAUGGGAGGCAGGUUUUGCAGAAAUAUGGGUUGAGUGAGCAGAAGGUGAAAGUGUUGUGCAGUCCGUGUGAAAUCGCUCUCCAUGCCAGGCUCCUUCCCUACAAGAAACCAGGGCAGAGGAUGGACUCUUCUGAUGAAAUCGACAUAUCUGAUGAUAUUUUCGGUUUGGAUAUUAGCGGCUUGACUCAUCAUGAUUUUAAUCCAAUGCCUGGCACUCUACAUAUCCUGGGGGAUGAAAAAGCUUGUGAAGUUGAUAGUGAGAUUAUUCGAAACGAGUUGAUUAAGACGCACGCGCUUCCUUUCCUUCCAGCCAAAGCACUUUUGAGGUUCAAAUCCGUGUCAAGCGAGUGGGACAAGCGGAUCUCCAGUCCCCUCCUGGCCCACCACCAGAGCUUCUCCUUCCGCAAACUCUCCGGCUUCUUCUACCAAACCUUCAACGGCCUCCGAUUCUUCUCCCUGGACGCCGCCGCCUACGGCGUCCCCCGCCCCCUCCUGGAUUUCCUCCCCGCCGACAACCAUCUGAUGUGCUCCACCAACGGCCUACUCCUCUUCCGAUGCUCGGACUCCUACUAUGUCUGCAAUCCGGCGACCGGGGACCGGAAUAUGCUUCCCAACCCGCGGUACUACCACGGUACGGAUCCGUCGGCCGUCCUCGCCUACGAACCUUCCUUGAACAACAUCGAGGCGUACUAUCAGGUGAUCUGUGCUUUUACGGCGUUUGACUCCCCGGUCGUAUUUUUCGAGAUCUACUCCUCGGAGACGAGAUCCUGGAGGAUUUCUUCCGCGAUUUGCCCGGAAUUGGAAGACUCGGACCAUUACGGCGACGGUUUCUAUCUGAACGGCUGUGCUUAUUGGGAGAUCUCGUCACCGUCUCCCUCGCCGUCGGCUCAAUUGCUGGCUUUCGAUGUACAGAGUGAGGAAUGCGGGGUUCUAUCCGUACCCUCCGACGGUGGGGUUUUCACCGUAGUUGGGGAUGAGAUCUGUUACGUGACGUCACAGAAGCAUCUGGAUGAUGUUUUCGCGUUUGACAUCUACGGCGGGCUGGAAAUGGGCCUGAAACGGAGCGUUUAUCUGAACCUCUCGGGAUUCACAGAGAGUAAGGUGGUGCCGGCGGCCGGCGCGGAUGCGGGAGAUUGCUUGCUGAUUCUGUGUGUGGCUGAGGAUGGGAUGCAGGUUUUGCAGAAAUAUGGGUUGAGUGAGCAGAAGGUGAAAGUGUUAUGCAGUCCGUGUGAAAUCGCUCUCCAUGCCAGGCUCCUUCCCUACGUAAACAGUCUAGCCAUUGUUACCUAGUAGUUGCAGCACUUGCAAGUUGUAAGCAUUUUUUGUAGAGUUGCCAACGACUCUAUGGUUAUUAGUUUAUUACUCCUAUCAACUAAACUAGAUAUUAUCUCUACACUUGCAUCUGUGUAUGAGUGUGAGUUUGGCUAAGAACCCGUUUUGUAACACUGCUUUUCGGCUUAUCAG